AUGGCUGCUACUAAUCAGGCAGUAAACAUAAGCGUGGACGAUGGCAUUCCGCUGGACUUUUUGGCCGAAAUGCACGUCGCGAUGGAUUGUUUGCCGGUGGACGAAGAAGAAGCAAACCGGAUCAUAGCGGAAAAGUUACGUCGCGAGCAACAGAAACGGGUGCGUCGCUUUAACAAUGCCUGGAACGUACAACCGAUCGAGCAUGAGGAAGCCGUGUCGCGGCCGCCGCCCUGCACUAGUGCUGCCAGCACACAAAUACCGCUGGUGGAAUCGGUACGUGAUCCGCGCAUUAUCGCUCGAAAUACACAAGCAUUGCUUGAGAGUGCCAUCAUACAGCGUCAAACGUACCCAUCGCUUGGGGCGAUGCAACGCAACAAACCGUCACCGCUGGUCGACGCCGUAAUUCAAGAGAGAGCAAAGGCGAAACGAAUACAUUCCUCGAACCAGGUGAAUCUCGACGACAGUGAGGAGGCUGAUGAUAAUGACGUAGUGUUGGAAGAGGAACAACAACACACCGUGGUACAACAACCACGCAGGGUAGAACGUUCCAGGGUGCCUCCUUUUCGCAGCGCAGCAGCAGCGGCUUUGCGUCCGCGUGAAACGGCACGGUCCCAUCUACGUGGACAUCGGUCCCGGCGCCACUCGCGCAGCCCAUCCCGGAGCCCAACUCACCGACGUUACAAACGGCACAACCGUUCCAGGAGUCGCCACCGGAGCCGUUCCCGAUCGAGGUCUAGUUCACCGUGCUCGGAGCAUUCGCACGGGACGGUUGAUUCGCGCGGUAGAUCGUCAUCCCGCAAAAACCCGGCGGUGGAUCAAACGGCAAUGCUGCAGAUGAUGGCCAUGACGAUGCAGCAGAUGUUUAACCAAAUAAAUGGGAAUCAGCUUCCCUUGCCGGUACCGGGUAAUCAUGUGCAGUACGCUGCUGGUGCCCCUGUUGCUGCAGGUAUUCACGGAAUGGCGGAUGGAGCAGCUUCCCAAUUAACACCCUCCGCGUUUCGGAACAUGUUUGCCAACACCUCGACACAAGCGGGACGACCAGAAGAAGUGGUGGACGUUAUUAGCGAUAUGUCCACAGAUCCCCUCGAGAACGAAGAAUCUAAGCAACCAAAGUACGAUGUGUCGACGGAGCUAUUCCUUGAGGGCAAACUCAGCUUCUCCGAUUUCCUUUUCAUAAAGCCUUCGACCACCCGAACCGAUCGAAUUGCGCCUGUUGAUCCGAAAGUUCCGAAACGAAUCAAUGAAGCGAUUACGGUUCUGGAGCAGCAAGGUGUGAAGAAGCAAUCGGCCCGCUUCAUGUACGUACCGCCAACGUUUUACGACAGCGAUGACAAACAACAGCAGCAACAGGUACACAACCGUUCACCAUUAAUUUGGAACAAUCAAAACGUGCUCUUCCAGUUCACUUCCAACGCGAAGGAAGUCAAACAGUGUCAACCGUUUAGCAACGUGAACGCUAAACUGAAAGAUCUGAUCGCAAAGCUGGGCCUUGACGAGGGUAUUGUGUCGCAUCAGUUCGAAAAGGUUAUCCAUGCCGCCGCUGCUAACAAGAACGCCGACACCAACAACUGUUCGACGGUCGGGUCCGAUGUGCUAUCCAGUCGCAUACAUGCCAUAACGCCAUUGCCACCAAAGCCCGGUAGUGGCAAGGUUCGCCAUCUAAUCGAUCGCUCGGUACAGACGGAUGGACAUGCCUGCAUGCAGUGCGUUGCACGCAGCAAAAAAACCUUCAUUUCCUCGUUCACUCAAACAACUCCCCCUGUAAAGCGGUUGGACGCAGAGGUACAAACCAGCGGUCCACCACUAUCCGCCCCAAACAUAAUCUCGCUCGACGGUUUGAACGCGCAACAAAUUGAAACGGUCGAAGCGAUCGUACGUUUUAUCCGUGCCCGACAGUUGGGCGGUUCGAUCGAAAGCGUUCAACAUGCGUUGCGAAACGAUCGUGUCGUUGGGACUGGCGGAAUGACACCGGCCAUUCAGCACAAUGCUCAGCGCCUCAUUGCACAGGUGAAGUCAGAUUUGCAGCGUACCGAUGGUUUGCCCGGGCACAGCAGUGGUGGUAGUCAUGGUUACUACGGUAACAAUUACAAUUCCAUGCCACAAGCGCCGAAUCAACCGGUACAAUGCUAUGACACGACGCCGCGAGACACUCGAUUCCGGCAUCCCGGGAGUGGAAUCACACGAACCGUCCGCACGACUACCACCACCAUGGCGGAGCAAAUUAUUCCGGCUUGCUAUCAAAGUCAACCGCAACUGUCCAAAAAGACGAUGAAGAGGUUGAAACGCCAACAGCAGCAACAAUAUCAACAACAUUGGUAA